AUGUCCGCCGAGCAAGAAUCCCGCAAGGCCGAGUACACGGUGAGGAAGUCGGGCCGGCCGUAUACAACGGACUAUCGCAUCCACUUCGUGCGCGCCAAGGACAAGGUCCCUGUGUCGCCCUUCCACGACAUCCCGCUCUACCACGACAAGAAAAAGGGCGUGCUGAACAUGGUGGUCGAGGUUCCGCGGUGGUCCAACACCAAGUUAGAGAUCUCGCCCAACGAGCGCCUCAACCCCAUCCACCAGGACACCAUUACCACCCACCACCACAAGGACGCCACCCCGCGCUUCGUCAAGAACUGCUUCCCCUACAAGGGCUACCUCUGGAACUACGGCGCGCUACCGCAGACGUGGGAGGACCCGGGCCACACGUCCCCCGACACGGGCGCGCGGGGCGACAACGACCCGCUCGACGCGUGCGAGAUCGGCCGCGCCAUCGCCCGGCCCGGCGACGUCAAGCAGGUCAAGGUGCUCGGCGUGCUGGCCCUGCUGGACGAAGGCGCGACCGACUGGAAGGUGCUGGUCAUCGAUGUCGCGGAUCCGCUGGCCGGGAGGGUCAAUGACGUCGAGGAUGUCGAGAGGUGUUUCCCGGGCUUGUUGGACGCGACGAGGGACUGGUUUCGGAUCUACAAAGUGCCGGAUGGGCUGCCGGCGAAUGAGUUUGCGCUUGGCGGCCGGUGGAAGGGGAGGGCGUACGCGGAGAAGGUGAUUGCGGAGUGCGCGGGCGCGUGGAAGCGGUUGGUCGAGGGGGAGGCUGAAAGGGGGGAUGUUGCUAUAGACAACACGACGCUGAAGGGAACCCCGGGGAAGCUGGAUCCGAGCAAGGUGCACUUGCCCCGCGAAGAGGACCUGACGCCGGCGCCGAUCAAAGACGACCUGGAGGAGUGGUUCUACAUCGACAGAGAGGCUCUCGAGGAUGCGGCCAUGUCAUUGGACUCUACCAGUGAUCUACGGAUCGCGCUGGACUGCAAUGGAGCCUAG